AUGGUAUAUAACCUGGGCCUGCUGAGUCAGGUGGCACAAUGCUACAGCUAUGAGCAGGUUCAGGAGAUUGCACAGUUCCUGCUGAACAGAACAAAGAUAUGACCAAAGAUAGCCAUAAUUUGUGGUACAGGCCUUGGAGACCUGAUAGAAAGUGUUACAGAGCAUCAGAUAUUUCCUUAUGAAGACAUACCUGGAUUUCCUGUGUCAACUGUUGUUGGACAUGCUGGGAAACUUGUGUUCGGUGUUUUGAAUGGAGUACAGGUUAUGUGCAUGCAGGGACGUUUCCACCCAUUUGAAGGAUAUCCAGUAUGGAAGUGUGCUAUGCCAGUGAGGGUCAUGAAGUUGUGUGGCAUUACUCAUCUGAUUGUUACAAAUGCAGCUGGUGGGAUAAGUGAGCAUCUGGAUGUUGGUGACCUUAUGAUCAUUAAGGACCACAUCAACUUGCUUGGAUUUUCUGGAAAAAAUCCUCUCAUUGGACCGAAUGAUGAAAGGUUUGGACCUCGGUUCCCUGUCACUGUAAAAUGUUAUGACAGAGGAAUUAGGAAAAAAGUCAUGUCUAUUGCCAAAGAGAUGGGCAUCACUAAGAUCAUCAAAGAAGGAGUAUACACAGCACAAGGUGGUCCUGCAUUUGAGACUGUUGCAGAAACACGCUGCCUCAAGGCACUGGGUACUGAUGCAGUUGGCAUGAGCACGGUGCACGAGGUGGUGACAGCGCGCCACUGCGGGCUGACGGUGUUUGGGAUGAGCCUCAUCACGAACCGCUGUGCAAUCAGCUACGACCAGGAGGACGAGGUCACCCACGAGGCGGUCCUCGAAGUCAGCAGCUCCCGUGCCAAACUCCUCCAGCAGCUCAUCUGCAGGCUGGUGCCCCUCGUGCUCCAAGAGUAGUGCCGCUACAGCCACUCCACACUUUACAGCUUCCAUUCCAAUUGUAUUAUUUGUUAAUCUAAUUGUGUUACUGUUGUGAUAUGCCAAUGUCUUUUAUACACAGUAUACCAGCUAGUUUAUUAAACUACUUUUCAUUUUUA